AUGUGUUAAAAACUACAGCAGCACUCCGUCGCACACUUGUUGACGCAGAUGACGUCAGAACACGUAGACACGGGACAGGAAGAGGCGCAGAUGAAUACAAGAUGGCAGCGGGAGCAGAUCACGGCCUGAAAAGAAUCGUAUGGAAAAGAAUACAAGAGACAAUUAUAAAAGAUUGCAGGAAAUCGGAAGUAUGGAAGAUAUUGAUUCUGGACUCCUUUACCACCAAGCUCCUCUCAUCAUGCUGCAAAAUGUCAGAUCUGAUGAUAGAAAAAAUAACAAUUGUGGAGGACCUGUACAAAAAAAGAGAGCCUGUUCCAGAAAUGAAGGCCAUCUACUUCAUGUCACCAACGGCUAAGUGUGUGGAUGCCUUUAUUGCAGACUUCAAGCCCACACCUAAAUAUAAAGCAGCAUAUGUUUAUUUCACCGACUACUGUCCCGAUGACCUGUUUAACAAAAUGAAGCAGUCCUGUGCGGCGUACAUACGGGUUUGUAAGGAGAUAAACCUGUCCUUCAUGCCACAAGAGGCGCAAGUGUUCACAUGUAAUAAUCCGGGGGCUUUCCAAAGCAUCUACAGUCCCUACAGUCGGGACAAAACAAAGACACUGGAGAUGCUUGCAGACCAGCUCGUCACGCUCUGUGCCACGUUGGACGAGUAUCCGGGAAUUAGAUACAAGAAAGACAACAACACGGAGAACGCCAAGGCCUUUGCAGAGCUGGUGGACAACAAGUUGGCCAAACACUAUGAGCUGGAGGAGGACAGCAAGAAAAAGGGAAAGACUCAAGCCCAGCUGCUGAUAGUGGACAGAGGUUUUGACCCUGUCAGCCCCAUCCUGCAUGAGCUGACCUACCAGGCCAUGGCUUACGACCUCAUUGAUAUCCAGAGCGACACCUACACGUACAAGGCAAAAGAUAAAUCGGAGAAGCAGGCCUUGCUGAAUGAGGACGACUUGCUCUGGGUUAAACUGAGGCACAAGCACAUUGCUGACGUCUCGGAACAAAUCCGCAAGUUGGUGAAGGAGAUUUCUGCUAACAAGAAGCAGCCAGAUGGAAAGAUCACAAUUAGCAGUUUGGCCCAAAUGAUGAAGAAGAUGCCUUCAUUCCGUAAACAGGUGACCGAGAAAACAAUUCAUCUGCAGUUAGCCGAGGACUGCAUGCAACAUUUUUCAAACAACGUGGAAAAACUCUGCAAAGCUGAGCAGGACCUUGCACUGGGGUCAGACGUUGAAGGGGUGAAGGUGAAGGAUUCCAUGAGGACUCUGCUGCCAGUGCUGCUGCACCCGUACAGCACCCGUGACAAGAUCCGAGCUGUGCUGCUCUACAUCUUCAGCGUCAACGGAACCACCGAGGAGAACUUAAACAAGCUUAUUCAGCAUGUAAAGAUUGAGGAAGAACAAGAGUUUAUCCUGAACUGGAAGGAACUGGGGGUCCCUAUCAUCACGUCGUCUGCUUCUAGUUUCUUCUCCCGCAAAACAAGCAGACGCGAUCGCUCCCAGGAUGAGACGUACAACCUCUCCAGAUGGACUCCGGUUAUAAAAGAUGUGAUGGAGGAUGCUGUGGAGAACAAGCUGGACACCAAAGAGUGGCCGCACCAGUCCGAGUGUCCUGCUGCCUGGAAUGGCUCCGGAGCUGUCAGUGCCCGUCAGAAACAAAAAAACAGUGCUCAGGACGAUCGCCGGACCGGCUCACGCCUCAUUGUUUUUGUCCUAGGAGGAAUCAGCCACUCUGAGAUGCGCUGUGCCUAUGAGGUCACACAGGCAGUUAAAUCCUGCGAGGUCAUCAUUGGGUCCUCUCACAUUUUGACCCCAACGAGUCUCCUGAAUGACAUCAAGAAUCUAAGCAAAGCCCCCAUGGAGACUUUUACAAUAGAGGAAAAGCACAAUGCCUGAGAGGCCCAAGUGAACCACUCCCCAUAUGCCCCCGCCUCCCUACAUCUUAUUGCACUCAGCACAGUGCCCUCAACUCGAAUUCCAAUAUAGAAGUCUGAAGGGAAUUUACUUUAUUUUUGUGUUUUAAUACUCUUUCCAAACCUGGUGCACAUUACAGUAGAGAUGAGGGAAAAUGAUCUUUUAACUAGGUCAACCAGUAAGAUCAUGGUCUGCUUAUGGCACAUGUCGUUGUCAUUUGAUUAUACAGAUAAUAUAAAAGUGAAUUGAUCUCUUCCUACUGUAAACAAUAUUUGUAAAAAAUGUUUAAUCUGUAGCGCAUUCAUAAGAAAUUGUAGUUCUGUUAAGUGUAGAAAGCUUCAAAUUAAUCUGUAUCUACUGUAUGCAAACGCCUACUGUGUGACUUAAUUUUCACUUUCUGUUAUUUGUUAAGUGUUUUUAACACAUAAUAUUUACAUUUUGUUAAUUGAACUGACUAAUAAAUGGAUGAAGUGGUUCAAAUUAUA